AUGCCGACAUCUUGCCUGAUGUUCUUGCCGAAAAACAUACUCGAGAAUAUUACCAACCCGGCUUCUCUAUGCGUUUCAUUAUGCUCAGGGUCGGCAGCGUUGACCGCACUGCGUGCUGCGAAUAUCGGAGCCAUAGAUGUUGUAAUCGUGUCAGGCGUAGCGGGCUCGAUCAGCCAUCUGGCCGAGCACAUAGCACGAAGUGUGAUAAGGGCCAAAGUGAUUAGCAUCAAUGCAGUCUACGAGCGACAUGCCGACGUUCUUCUUAAUGUGCCUCAAACAAGUAAUCCCCAGGGCAGCGACUGGGCAGAUUUUCUGACUUCUGUGAGAAUUGCCUGUUCGCAGCUCAGGAGGGACCAAACCAUGCAUCGCGCCGCAGAUGCCGUCAUUAUUUGCACCAAUGCGCCUUCAGCAUUCGACAACUUAGAGGAUUGCGUAUGCGAUAGAGGGACAAUCGUCUACGUCAGGGUCCCUCGAGGUUUGGUUCUCAAACUUUUCAUACACGCUCUUGUCGAGAGGAAUCUUCACUUGAUCGGUAGCUUGAUGGGUGAUCACAGCGUUGCAUUGGAAGCGAUGCGCCUGAUUGAAAAUGGUACCAUUGAACCUUUGAUCAACAAAGUAAGACUCGAGGAUAUUGCCAUGCAGAUGCAGAACCUUGCGAAUGGAAAGGCAGGCAUUGGCAAGAUCGUAGCACGAAUUGUCUGGGUCAGAGUUAAAAGUUCUGGACCUAAUUAUACCACUGGAAAUCUAGGCAUAAUGGCUCUAAGAUGUAGUCCCAAGGAAGGGGGCCCCAAGUAGUACAAUCUAGCUGACCAAAAUCCACCAAGGGUAUGACCUGGUCUGCAUUCCAUUGUGUAACGGAGUCUGUAGUUUUGGAGACACCAUACGCAAUGUGAUUGACCUUGAUCAAUUCUUUAGGUG